UCCAAACCCCCAGUCUCUGCUUUCAGACUGAAGAAUGACUCAGAUAGAUCUCUUUGGUCUGGGCCCGGAGGAGACAGGACCUAAGGAAAGCAGUGAUGAAGAUAAAGACGGCAAACUUCCCUCUAAAGAGAAGAAGAAAAAGAAGAAGAAAGGCAAAGAGGACGAAGAAAAGGCUACAAAAAAGAAAAGCAAAGACAAGAAGAACAAGGAUAAGGAGAAAGGCAAGGAGGAUCGGAGGAAGAAGAAGAAGCCCCCUAGGAGCAAGGAACAGAAGGCUGCAGAUGAGCUGGAAGCCUUCCUGGGGGGCAGGGCUCCUGGCAGCCACCACCCAGGAGGUGGGGACUAUGAGGAGCUUUAGGCUACCAGAGGCAGUUGGUUUUUCUGGGAAGAGGGGAACUGCCGGUGACUGAUUUGGGGAGGCUGCUGCCUAUGCACCCACGUUCCCAGGACCACCUUGCCACCUAUGACCCCCAGCCAUUGUCUGCCCUCAUUAUGGUGGUACACUAGAAGUCUA